AUGCCUGUAAGGAGAGGGCAUGUCGCUCCUCAGAAUACCUUUCUUGGAAUAAUAAUACGAAAAUUCGAGGGACAGAAUAAGAAGUUCAUCAUAGCCAAUGCCCGGGUCCAGAACUGUGCUAUUAUUUACUGUAACGAUGGAUUCUGUGAGAUGACGGGAUUCUCACGGCCGGAUGUCAUGCAGAAACCUUGUACAUGCGACUUCCUGCAUGGCGAGCAAACCAAGAGACAUGCGAUUGCGCAGGUGGCCCAGGCUCUCCUGGGGUCAGAGGAACGGAAAGUGGAGAUUACGUACCAUCGCAAGGACGGUUCAGACUUCCAGUGUAACACUCACAUCAUCCCAGUGAAGAACGAGGAAGGAGUUGUGAUGAUGUUCAUCUUGAACUUCGAUCAUGUUCUAGACGAGGAGAACAGCGACUCUUUGGAGAGACUGAACCUCACGCCGCCUGCCAAAUCUGAAAUCAGAAAAGGAAGAUUCUUCCACUUCCGUCUGCCAGCCUUGAAGCUGUUGGGAACCAGCAAGCAGUCUCUUCCGCAGGACGAGCCAGACUCAGUGAUGGUGGACUCGCCCAGGGCCAGUGACGACUCUGUGGCCGUGAUGGACGUCCAAUCGCCCACCAAGGACGGUUCGAGUCCAGCGGAUGCCAACGACACGCAGGCGCUCAUCAGCUCCAGCCCUCGCUCCUCCCCGGUUAGCACGUCCAUACCCCUCGACCACUCAUCGCCCAAGCAGCCCUGGGACCUGCCCAGUCCGUCUCAAGCGCAGUCCACCACCUGCCUGGCCCAGGCCAACUCUAGAGACAGCGUGUGCAGCAGGAGACGCGCCUCCUCCGUUCACGACAUCGAAGGCCUGAGCACAAACUCCAAACACCUGUUUACGGACAGACACACAAGUGAAGACGAUGAUUCUGAUUUCAAGGUCUUGUCGCUGGGCGCCGAUGUGCUUCCAGAAUACAAGCUCCAGACGCCACGCAUGGAUAAGUUCACCAUCCUGCACUACAGCCCGUUCAAAGCGGUGUGGGACUGGCUCAUCCUGCUGCUGGUGAUUUACACAGCCAUUCUCACCCCUUACUCUGCUGCCUUCCUGCUCAACGACAGCGAGGAGCAUAAAAGACGGGAAUGUGGCUAUUCCUGCAGCCCUCUGAACCUCGUGGACUUAAUGGUGGACAUCAUGUUCAUCAUCGACAUCCUCAUUAACUUUCGCACCACCUACGUGAACGUGAACGAGGAGGUGGUGAGCCAUCCGGGGAAGAUCGCCAUCCAUUACUUCAAGGGCUGGUUCCUUAUAGACAUGGUGGCUGCCAUUCCCUUCGACCUGCUCAUAUUUGGAUCAGGAUCAGAUGAUACAACCACUCUGAUUGGGCUGUUGAAGACGGCGCGGCUCCUCCGACUGGUUCGUGUUGCCAGGAAGCUGGACCGUUACUCUGAAUACGGCGCAGCGGUUCUCAUGCUCCUCAUGUGUAUAUUUGCUCUGAUCGCCCAUUGGCUGGCCUGCAUCUGGUACGCCAUUGGAAACGUGGAGAAACCGUACCUGGAGCAUAAGAUCGGCUGGCUCGACAAUCUCGAGGUGUCCCUCGGGAAGAGAUGCAACUCUACUGAGCACUGCUCUGGGCCAUCCAUAAAGGAUAAAUACGUGACCGCGCUGUACUUCACGUUCAGCUCACUGACCAGCGUGGGCUUUGGAAACGUGUCUCCGAACACCAACUCUGAGAAGAUCUUCUCCAUCUGCGUCAUGCUCAUCGGAUCUUUGAUGUACGCCAGCAUUUUUGGGAACGUUUCUGCCAUCAUCCAGCGGCUGUAUUCGGGAACGGCGCGGUACCACAUGCAGAUGCUCCGCGUGAAAGAGUUCAUCCGUUUCCACCAGAUCCCAAACCCGCUCAGACAGAGGCUGGAGGAGUAUUUCCAGCACUCGUGGACCUACACCAACGGCAUCGACCUGAACAUGGUGCGUCUCAGGCAUCACAGUCUAGUUAUUCAACCAUUUUAGCCAUGGUAUUUUCAUUGCACAUGUGUUUUCCAAUCUUUAUGUUAUCUGAAUUGAUCAUUCACUAAGAUAGGAUUGGUCAAUGAUGUUUUAAGGCAGGGCACAGGAUAAGAUCAGUUCAAAACAUCAUAAAACAAAAAAAAUCA